UUUUCCUUUCUAAAACAUUUGUUAUGUCUAUCAAUUAUUAAGUUCCUACCUUUGUCAAUAUACAGAUGGAAAUGGCUUUAAGACGAGCACAAUGAGACUUGGUGCUGAUGCAAUUGUUUUUACUCGUGCAAUCCGUGGGAGUAAUGUUACCUUGAGUGUUGGCUUGCUCUCAUACACUUUCUUGAGGAGAACAAUGAAGGAUGACAUAGUUGUCCCUGUGCUCGAUUUUCAAAUCCAAGAUGACCACAUUGUACCUUUGGUGUAUGGUUCACAAGGUGAUUGGGACAGUAGCUUGAAGAUAAUACUUGAUUGGUCCCCCUUUUCUUCAAUGGAAGAACUGCUACAGCAGUUCAAGGAUAUUGAGAGCCAUGGAACUAAGGUGGUGAUAUAUGAUCUAUGGAUGAAUGAUGAUGGCCUUUUAGAACUUGACUUCGAUGAUGAUGAUGAGGACAUAUUACUUAGAGAUCAAGCUAAAGCUACUGCGGGGACGACAAAGAUCCAAAAAGAAAUUAUUGAGCAACAUAUAUCCCACAGACUCAGAUUCUCUUUGCGAGCGUAUACUUCCAUCCUUUAUCUUAAGAAGUAUGCAAACUUCCAAAUUAUAUUAAGAGGAAAAGUGGUUGAACAUAUAAACAUUGCUCAUGAUCUAAAGUUCAAGAAAAUGUUUACUUACAAGCCUCAAGUCACGCUUGAUUCUCAAGUGGUCUCAGUGAAGGUAGAUGUCGGAUUUGCCAAGGAGGCGCCAGUUUUGGGCAUUUUUGGGAUGAAUGUCUACCAUAAAAAUCGACUAAUAAUGAUCCAUCAAGCAGUGAGCUGGAUGAAGCAGCAAGUCCCAUGCCUCAGCCUGGACGGGAUUUUUUCACAAUGUUUAAAUUUGAAUUCCGGGCACAAAGCACAUGGUGACAUGCAAACGUGCAUAUCACCUGAUCUCUGUCCCUUCAUUGAGGAGGCCAAGCGCGUGAAUGAGCUUGAUUGUUGCUGGAGGCUCAGUCUGUCGUUCGACUCCGAUGUGGGCCUCGACGUGCUCGAUGAUGAGGACGAGGACUAA